CACGCGGUGGGUCACGUGACAAACAAGGAAACAACAACAAGUCCCCAGAUAGUACUUUCGACCAUAGACAGCUUUCGCCUUACCUUGCCAAAAAAAAAACAACCAAAAGCUGCUAUGACUCCGUGUGGACGCUGUAUUUGGGUUUUGGGGGUUUUGUUGUGUUUGUUUCUAUCCGGACUUUGUUCAGUGACAUUAAGUCUGAACGGGAAAUGGAGUCUUUCCAACUCGAAUGGUUCAGUCUGGCUUCCUGCAGAGGUGCCUGGCUGUGUUCAUUCAGCUCUACAGCAGCAGGGAUACAUCCAGGAUCCAUAUUUCAGGUUCAACGAUGUGUCUUAUCGGUGGAUUGCCUUUGACAACUGGACUUACACAACCACAUUUCCUGGCUCUACCCAGCUGAGGGCCAAACAGAAGGUGCUGCUUGUCUUUGACGGUGUCGACACCAUAGCAUCAAUUUGGCUCAAUGGAAUGGUUGUCGGGGAGACGGACAACAUGUUCCGUAGAUAUGACUUCCCAGUCGGAGACUUGCUGAAGGACGGCGAGAAUGUGCUGAAAGUUAGCUUGAUGUCUCCAGUUGUUUAUGCAUCUGAGCGGAGGAAAGCUCAUUCUGCCUACAGAGUUCCUCCUGAAUGUCCUCCAGAUGUCCAGAAGGGGGAAUGUCACGUCAAUUUCAUCAGGAAAGAGCAAAGCUCUUUCAGUUGGGAUUGGGGGCCAUCGUUCCCCACGAUGGGACUGUGGAAGGGAGUUCACCUGGAGGCGUUUGAUGUCCUGAAGCUCAUCCAGGUUUCCUCUGUUUCUCUGCACAAUUUCAGCCUUUCUCAGUGGAGAGUCCAGGUUGAGCUUCUCGUUGAUGCGGUUCAGACCACAAAUGGCCAAAUCAUGCUCUCCAUCCCAGAGCUGGACUCCGAGCAGAUGUUCCAGACACAGUUUCUCCCUGGAAAGACCAAGAACAGCUUCUCCUUACACAUCAACACGAGCAGCCAGGUGAAGCUGUGGUGGCCCAACGGACACGGUGACCAACCCUUUUACCAUCUCACUGUCAGAGGCUUUCAGAACGGAGUUCUGCUCCUGAAGGCAGAGUCUAAGGUAUAUUUCCGCACAGUAGAACUUGUCCAGGAGCCAAUUGGUGGCUCUCCAGGCUUGAGCUUUUAUUUCCGCAUCAAUGGGAAAGCAAUUUUCCUCAAAGGCUCCAACUGGAUCCCAGCCCACUCCUUCCAGGACCAAGUCCCCCCUGCCGUCUUGAAGAACUUGUUGCAGUCAGCUGUGGAUGCAAGCAUGAACGCCCUCAGGGUCUGGGGAGGAGGAGUGUAUGAAGAGGAUAUCUUCUACAGCAUCUGUGAUGAGAUGGGAAUCAUGGUAUGGCAGGACUUCAUGUUUGCCUGUGCUAUGUAUCCCACUGAGGACGACUUCAUACAGACAGUGAGAGAAGAAGUCAUCCAACAGGUUUGGCGCCUCAAGUCUCACCCUUCCAUAAUAGUUUGGAGUGGGAACAAUGAAAACGAAGCUGCUCUGGCGACAGACUGGUUCGGCAUCCCAGUUUCCCAGAGGCCUACGUACCUGAAAGACUACGUCAUGCUGUAUGUGAACAACAUCAGGGCAAUAGUUCAGGAGGAGGACCAGAGUCGCCCGUUCCUGGUCUCCAGUCCCACAAACGGGGCUGAAUCGGAGCAGGAGGGCUGGGUGGCAGCCAACCCCUACGACCCUCACUAUGGGGACACACACUUCUACAGCUACACUCUGGACUGCUGGGAUUGGAGGACUUUCCCCCGGACACGUUUCGCCUCUGAAUACGGCUUCCAGUCCUGGCCUUCCUUCUCCACUCUGCAGCCGGUUUCCGUACAAGAAGACUGGAGCUACAACAGUAACUUCACUUCCCAUCGUCAACACCAUGAGGAUGGGAACCAGCAGAUGUUACUGCAGGCUGCUUUACACUUCCACCUGCCAAACUCCACAGAGCCUUUGAAAAGAUUUACAGAUACUCUCUACAUCACUCAGGUCAUGCAGGCUCAGUGUGUGAAGACACAGACCGAGUUUUAUCGGCGGAGUCGGAGUGAGAUCAUCGGGGGCGAAGGUAGCACUAUGGGCGCUCUCUACUGGCAGCUUAAUGAUGUUUGGCAGGCGCCUUCCUGGUCAUCCAUCGAGUUUGGGGGGAAAUGGAAAAUGCUGCAUUAUUUUGCGCAGAACUUCUUUGCUGCCGUCCUGCCGGUCGGCUUCGAGGAUGACGACGCGCUGGUGAUCUACGCCAUCUCGGACCUGAGUCACCAGCUGGCGCUCAGGGCUGUGGUGUCUGUGUACUCCUGGUCUGAUCUGGAUCCGGUGUGCACACUGAAGUCGGACCUGCUCCCGGUCCCUGGUGGUAGCGCUGUGGCCAUUUUAAAACGGCCAAUCGCGGCCCUGCUGGCAGGAUGUGGACGCUGCACCCGCCUCUCCUGCCUGCUCGCCUUCCACCUGGAGGGCAGCGGCGGCCAGCUGGGUCCCACCAACCACCACUUUCUGUGCUCACCCAGAGACGCUCAGGGACUCCAGAGACCCAACAUCACAGCAGUGGUGCAGCAGGAGAAGAGCGGCUACAGCGUCACCCUCCACUCUGCCUCUGUGGCUCCUUUCGUCUGGCUCGAUGUGGGAAACCUCCCCGGACGCUUCAGCUCCAACGGCUUCCUGAUGCUUACUAGAAACAGGACGGUCAGUUUUACCGCGUGGCGUAACACCAGCGUCGCAGAACUCUCCAGAUCGCUCACCAUCACAUCUUUAAGGGACGUAUACUGACCUGAGACCAGCCAGCCUGCAGCGUGGAGACGUCCUGUCCCUGUCUGUCUCAGAUACUAUGACUUAGGUUUGACUUUUUCAGUAUCUGAAAGAUAUUUUUGGACAGAAGCUGGUAAUUUGUGCCAAUUUUCUAAAUCUUUAAACUUGUUUUCUUGCCAAACAAGAGAGGGGAAAAAAAGGAAUUUUUUUUUAGCAGAGCAGAAAAACCUCAGAAAAUUGCAGUUAGACCUGAAUAUUUUUAAACAAAGGAAAUUAUUUGGGGUAGUUUUAGCAGCUCUUACUGUAUUAAAUCACUAAGCAGGGAAGCUGUGGCACACAAUGGGCCUUUAUGUGAAACUUUCCUUCACAAGUAAAACCAACGGACAAAGGAAUGAAAUGUGCAAAGACAAAUACAUUUUUGCUAAAGGUGAACUGGCCAAUAUGAGCCUGGUUCCAGAUCACUAAAUAUACCACAUCUUGUCUUUCGCUAUUUAAAUUAGUGCUGACAGUUAAAAGUUUUUUCACAUGCUGUUGCAACAACUAGUAACGUUAGAAAAACUACAACACCACACUGGAUCCAGCUAGACCGGA